UCGAGCUCUGUGCAUCAGAUCUUAUCACUUCCGCUGCCGCACGCGGGCGAGCUGAGUCUUGCAAUUCCGCCGCACUUAGCCCCCUUGCCACCCGCGAUCCGAUCCGUCGAGGCCGUCGACGACCGACAACAUACCACCAUUGCGAUAAUGAACGGCGGUUCCGGUGAUCAUCAGCGGCAGCGCAACUUGAGCAAAGCCGUCUCGCUAUCAAGGAGCGUGGUGCUGACCCAAGAUACCUGCAUAGCCAGCGUGCUCAUCUUGGGCAAGCUUCUCCGCGUCUCCUCGGAUGGUGCCAGCGGUGUAGACGACAUGGGCAUGGGUUUGGUUGGCACCAGGCUUCUUCGAGACUGGGCUGCUGCAUCAGGCACCGUCAACCUGUGGCCAGUCACGGCGGACGGUGCCUACCUCGUCCAGUUCCAGCAAGAGGCAGACCUAACAAGGGUCAUGGACGGCGCGCCGUGGUGCUGCGGCGACGGCGACGGCGGCGGCCUCCUUUUCCUCAUGCGGCAAGCCAAGCCGGAGGUGAAUCUGGUCGACCAGCUCGCCGGAGUCGGCUUCUCCACCGCCGACCUGUGGGUGCAGUUCCACUUCCACAACGUCCCCGUGGAAUACUUCAGCACAGCUUCGCUCUGCGCCCUCGCGACGCGCGUCGGCGUCCCAGUCGUGCUGCCCGACCUCGGCACGGAGCCAGUCGACCUGCUCCGUGCCCGUAUCCAGGUCGACAUCACGGCGCCGCUCGUCCACUCCAUCCCCGUCGACCUGGACGACGGCACGGCCGGGAUGGUGUCCGUGGUGUACGAGCGAAUCCCCAGCUUGUGCCGCUCCUGUGGGAUCAUCGCCCAUCCGGGGGGCCGGUGUCGUCCCAAGGUAAACCUGCAGACUGCCGCCGCCGCCGCCUCGUCACGUUCACGAGGAGACAAAGCUGCUGCCGGCUAUGUUCGGAGCCGCCUCGGCUCAUCACGAACAUCGUCGUCGUCGAGAGAAGAGCACCAGCCACUCCUUGGCAAAGAGAAAGAUGAUCAUUCUUCCAUUUCCACCGGCUCCGGAACUGCCACUGCCACACCGCUGCAGGCAAAGCCAGCAGGGGAGCCUUCCGCUUCCGCCGCCGCGGAUCAUCAUCAUCCGCUGGUGGUGCUGGAAACACAAGCAGCUCCGCACCACGUCCCGGUCAACAGCUGCAUGCCGUGUAAUCUCCUCAGCGUGUUCUUCCGCAAGAAGAAAAAGGAGCUAGUCCGAGAGGAGAAGGUCAGUGAUGAUAAUGGUGGAGUUAGUAGCUUGCAACAAAUGCCGACGACGAGUCACAAGCACCAGACGUUACUGCUAACCUUCUCACCGCAGGAGUCUUUGCCAAUGGAGCAGCGAGAGACUAGUCCAGACAGGCGUGCACUAAGUACGCUCAGAAGCUUCCAGCUUGCCGGUGGUUACGUCAGCUAUUAUCCCUACUCAGGGUCGAGAAGGAGACCGAGGAUAGAAGUCAAGGUGGAAACGCAGUGCUCAUCACACCUGAUGAAUAAGGCCAUGGAAUGGCUAGCUGAAAAUACAGGUUUAAAGGCUCAAUUUGAUGGCAAGAGAGGCGUAGUUAGUAUUGUUGGUUUGCAACUCGAUGAAAGAAUGGGCCCGCUUGAUCUAGUGGCCUAUCUCUACCCGGAGGCCGGCCCAAAGAGUGGAGUUUCAGAGUCCCCGGAAAAGCCUGACAGCCCAGCAAGAUUUGAAGAUUUGAUGAAAAGCCUUCUUGACCAGAACGGCUGCAGCAUGCGCGCCUCCGGCUCGAGGAAUACUAGCACACGACUAUAUAUGUAGUCUUAUGCCUUGAUUAAGUUCCCCCCCCUAAAAUUUACUCCCGAUGGAUAUUUAGACA